UCUGUGUUAUAGCAGCUGCUGGUGAAACUAUGCGUAUAAUCAGUCUUUCAGAGAUGUAAAUCCGCCCGGCCGGACAGCAAAGAGUUAAGGCGAAAGAGGAAAUCCUAUCUGGUUGGCCAUACGGAGAAAUGCGAUUAUACUGCCUCAGUUUAACGCGGGCGAGCGGACGGAUUGCGCACAAUAAGAUCCGGCUCAUAGAGAAAGGUUCAACGCGGUUAGCAUCACAGACGAGUCUGCUGAUAUCAAAACGAAACGAGCGCUACAGAAAAACCGCUGUUAUUGCUGGGGCAGAGCAGAGGUUUUGAGCAGGAUGGACAGAGCCCACACUGGGCCGGGAGUGCUCUCUCAGGACGGACUGCAGUUCGGCGUCCAGCAGGUGAAUGGUCAGGUGCGAGUUUACGUGUGACGGACCGCAUUAACUUGAUUAGCCUGACUCCUUUUAAGAAGUGUGUCGAUCAGAAUUCAAAAAGACAAAAUCAGUGCGUCACCGGACCAUGAAGCAGCACUAUCACCAGCUGUUCAGGUGUUUCUGGCGGACUCUCGUCACCGUUCUUCUGUUUGAAGGCACCUCUCUGAUGAUGUUCAGGGGGUCUCUCACUCUGACCUUACACAGAAAUGACAGCAGCUUCACACCACAGCCGGACGCGCGCAUAACUCACUCCUCUCACAACGUCACAAAUCAUAGGAGAGAACAGAAGCCUCUGGCAAUGACAAGGCCGUUUGCUUUUGUUGAUGGAGUUAGAAGAAGCUUGAGCGAUGCCUUACAGAAGGGUCACCCUGACAAAUUGCAGUGUGGUUUACAAGUGGGGAGCAGCUUGUAUAUCCUGGACCUGGAGAAAAACCAAGAUCUUUUGCCAAAACCGCCUAAUGUGUUUUACUACCUGCCAAAUGGAACUGGGGUGUCCAUGAAGGAGAAUACAACACACUGUUACUAUCACGGUUCAGUGCAAGGUUUCCCUGAGUCACGCGUGGCUCUCAGCUCCUGCUCUGGGUUACGGGGAGUGAUAGUCAUUAACGCCACACUGAGCUUUGAACUGCUUCCUGAAGGAGAAGAAGAGCAUGUGAAAGAUGAUGAAGGGAGUGGAGAAAUGGAAGAAGGAGAGAUGCAUGCAAUUUACUCCACACACCCGCCAACAUCCGAGUCCAGAGACUGUGGGGUGUCACACACUUCUAUACCUCCCAUUCAAAUCAUCCCCCACACACACAGGAGUAAGAGAGACAUUCUCUCUGAGACCAAAUAUAUUGAGCUGGUUCUGGUGGCAGAUCAUAAAGAGUAUUUGAAUUAUCAAAAGAAUAACAAAACUAUAAUCUACCGCAUGUUGGAUGUCGCAAACCAAGUAGACUGGUUCUACCGGCCACUGAAUGUACGUGUGGCUUUGCUGGGUUUGGAGAUCUGGAGUGACCAGGACAAGAUUAAAGUGGAUAAAAGUCCCACUGAAACUCUUAACCGCUUCCUGGAUUGGAGGACCAGGGAGUUACUGCCACGACUAAGGCAUGACAAUGCGCAGCUCAUCAUGGGUGAGUCAUUUGAUGGAACUACGGUUGGCAUGGCGUCUCAAUCCUCCAUGUGCUCGAAGGAUCGGUCAGGAGGAGUAAAUGUGGAUCACCUGGUGAGUGUAUUAGGUGUGUCAUCGACUGUGGCACAUGAAUUGGGUCACAACCUGGGAAUGAGUCACGAUACGGCUGAAAGGCGCUGUCAUUGCCAAAAUGAGCCUCGACUUGGGGGCUGCAUCAUGGAGCCCUCCACCGGGUUUAUGCCAGGUCAGCUGUUCAGCAGCUGUAGUGAACGGGACCUGUCUCUCAGUCUGCUGCAUGGGGGCGGGAUGUGUCUAUUUAAUGUGCCUCAGCCCGAGAGUCUUCUUGGGGGACCACGCUGUGGGAACUUGUACGUGGAGAAAGGAGAGGAGUGUGACUGUGGCCUGCUGGAUGAAUGUAACGAUCCCUGCUGCAAUGCCAGCACAUGUAAACUGGUUCCAGGGGCCCAGUGCUCUUCAGAUGGCAUCUGCUGUGAAAACUGCAAGCUGCGUGUGGCCGGUUCAGUGUGUCGGGAGCCACUAGGAGAGUGUGAUUUGCCUGAACACUGCACUGGUUCUUCUCCAUACUGUCCUCCCAAUGUUUUUCUUCAGAACGGAGAACCAUGCAAAGGCGGUUCCUCUUACUGCUACAGCGGUGUGUGUGCCAGUCUGGAUGACCAGUGCCAAAUGCUCUGGGGACAGAACUCCACCCGAGCUCCACCCAUCUGCUUCUCUUCUGUGAACAAGCAGGGCAAUAAGUAUGGGAAUUGUGGUCAAAUGCCCAAUGGUUCCUACAUUCCCUGUUUAAAAGGGGAUGUGCACUGUGGAAGGAUCCAGUGUCAGGGUGGAAGUGAACGUCCUCUGCUGGGCUCUAAUGCUGAGAUUCUGACCACAACGGUCAUACUCAACCAGAGUGACUUUACCUGCCGCGGGACCUACUUUAAUCUGGGCGAUGAUGUUUCGGACCCAGCCAUGGUGUUACAGGGGACAGCCUGUGGUCCCAACAAGGCAUGUGUGGACCAGAGAUGCCGGGACGUGUCCAUGUUUGGUGUUGAUGAAUGCCGCAGCAAGUGCCACGGCCAUGGGGUGUGUAACAGUAAUAAGAACUGUCACUGUGACGAGGGCUGGGCUCCUCCUGACUGCAGAUACUCUGGAAACGGAGGAAGUGUGGACAGCGGACCUGCACAAGAGCCCAGAGAUUCAGAUCCUGCGCGGGUGGCUCUUCUGGUCAUUUUCCUGUUUGUGCUGCCGGUGUCUCUGCUGUUUGUGGCUCUCCGCUUUCCUCGCUGUCGACGAGGCCUUGUGUACCUUGGGCACACACCAUUCAACAAGAGCCGACAGAGCCGGACUCCUGCAAUGGAGCUUGCGAAUGCUCGAAAUGGUGAUCAAGCGCAGCCGCUCAGGUACCAGUGGCCUCACCAGAGUGACAUCCCUCUCACCCAGGCCAUCAGCAAGGUCCAGAACAGGCCUGCUGCUCCAACUAAACCUCUUCCGCCCGAUCCACCUGUCUCUAAACCUGCUCAGUUGGCGGCGCAUUGGCCCGCCCCUCCUACCAAGCCCCUCCCACCUGACCCCGCCCCCUCAGAGAGCAAGAUGCAGAGCAAGCCUACAGGAGCUCGACCAGCAGCACCAAGCAAACCUCUGCCACCUGACCCUGUCCUCUCCAACAGACAGAACCCUGUUCCUCCCAAACCUCCAGUUCCCAAGAAACCCCUGCCUGUGGAUCCUUCAUGUCACCCUCCUGCCCCUCCGCUGAUGAGACAUCCAGUAUCUGCUGCUGCGUCGUCUUCUUCAAAUUCUUUACGAAUUUCUGCAUCAGCUGCUGCUCCUGCCAGACCUGCUCCUCAUCCGCCUUUACGGAGACAACAGUACCAUGGGAAACCCCACACUCCUCACCCUGUAUAGUCAGGAAGGAAACAACGGGCCGACUGCAAAUUUCUGCACUAUGGUUUGUUUUCAGUAUUUUGUCUUGUUUUCCAGUAUAGUUUAUUGAAAAUAAGGUAACUUUGAAAAUACAUUUCAGGUUUGUUUUAAUUAUAUAUUCUGCUUUGUUUAUUAAUUAAUAAAUUAGAUAUAUGAAAAUAGUUUAAUAUAUUCUUUACAAAUAUUAUAUAUUUAUUUUAAGUAUAGACUUCAAAUUUUCUUUCCUUUUCAAAAAGAACAAGUCAACAGAAGUCAAGUCAAACUAUUAUUAAUAGUUAGAUUAAUAGUCACACAAGUCCCCAAGUAAAUAAAACAGACAGAGCUCUGUUCACUGUAAAAAAAGCUGAGUUAUACAAGAUCGGUUUUGUUUUGAGACAACAUCAAGGAAUUUAGUUUACUUAUUAGUAGGGCAAAACAGAAUCAGCGGACAUUUUUUUUGCUUUUUUCUGCGCAGAAUAUUGUAAAAAAAAUCUGCGGAUUAUGUGGAAUUGCAUAAAAACCUAAUAUGUUAAACAAAAAAUAAUACAUUUUUUACUUUUAUUUAAUGUUAAUCAAAUUAGAUCCUAAUUAGAUCCAUUUAUUUGGUAAACAA